AUGGAUCCCGCCCUCAAAGCCUCCCGAUCAUCCAUGCUCAGCUCUGCCAGCACGCCCGAAGAUCCCGACGAGGACGCGCCGAAAGCGGAGGAGGUCGAGGUCUACAACCGCCUGCACGAUCACCACUUGGGCCUGCCGGUCGGCGUGCACGACGAGGCCUUCGCAGAUCCUCUGGACGGCUCCCUGCGCUUCGAGCGGAUCGCCAUGCAUCGCAGCCUGCGCCUCGAGUGCGAGGACGAGUCCCUGAACUUCUCGGAGGCCAUCCGGGAGCUCUCGCUCGAGAUGCGCGAGGGGGUCUCCGGCGGCUUCGGCCUGGACGUCAUUGAGGCGGGUACGUCCUCGGUGGCCCGGACCCUCGUCAUCGGGAGCGAGGAGGAGCGCGCGGCCGUCGUCCGCGCGUUCGAGUGGGACAGGGUCCACACCCGGCGCAAGAUGGGUGACCGGCGCCGCGGGGCGCGGCAGCGCUGCAUGUCGCUGGGCUGCGUGCCGUGCGGCGGCGGCGCCGGGCGGCGGCGGCGCCCCGCCUCGGCCCCCGCCGGGGAGGGGCACGCCGCCGGGGCGGCGGCGCAGGCGCCGCGGCGGGAGGUGCCGGGCAUGGAGGAGGCGGAGGCGUACGCCAAGGAGCUGUGGGACGCGGCGGAGCCAUCAGCGCGGCCGUCUGGAACAGCGCGGCCGUCCGGAAUCGGGCUCGCGAGGGCGCGGCAGGCCAGGAGCGACACGAGGAGCAGCUCCACGUGCGCGGCGCUGCUGUGGGAGCUGCUCGCCCCCGAGGGGCCCUCCGGCGGCCGGGGGAGCGCCUCCUCCAGCCGAGGGGCAACAGCUGGCGUCGGGCAUGCACUUUCAUGUUCAUGCGACUGUUUGCUGCUCUGUCCAUGGAUCCCGCCCCCCGUGCCGAACUCUUCGGCCGGGCGGCAGCGGACAUCCACGCCGUGGCGUUCGAGGAGUUCUGGCAGGUAG